CACACACACACCGCUCACAGGGGACCCUAUAUAAGGUCUGCAGCUGUCAGGUGGACGACACUGGCUGCUUUGGGGACGACUCGCUUUAGGGAAUUACAGCUCUAGAUACCCGUACAUCCAAACUCUAUAACAAUGUCUCACGCUUGGGGAUACGCAGCUAACAACGGACCCGACAAAUGGGCCGAUAACUUCCCCAUUGCCAAUGGACCCCGCCAGUCUCCUAUUGACAUCCUACCUGGGGCAUCAGCAUACGACGCGGGGCUGAAGCCGCUCCAGCUGAAGUACGACCCCUCCAACUGCCUUGAGAUCCUCAACAACGGACAUUCCUUCCAAGUGACCUUCGCAGAUGACACCGACAGCUCAACUCUGAAAGAAGGCCCCAUCUCAGGGAUAUACAGGCUCAAGCAGUUUCAUUUCCACUGGGGAGCAUCUGACGACAAAGGCUCCGAACAUACCGUGGCCGGGACCAAGUAUCCUGCUGAGCUCCAUCUCGUUCACUGGAACACAAAAUACGCAAGUUUUGGUGAGGCUGCUAGCAAGCCUGAUGGGCUCGCUGUUGUUGGAGUUUUCCUGAAGAUUGACGGUAGAAAUGCCAAUCUCCAGAAGGUUCUUGACACCUUUAGUGACAUCAAGGCCAAAGGCAAGCAGACCACCUUCGCCGGCUUCGACCCUUCCACCUUGCUCCCUGGUUGCCUCGAUUACUGGACCUAUGACGGCUCCCUGACCACACCCCCUCUGCUGGAGAGCGUUACCUGGAUUGUCUGCAAAGAGUCAAUCAGUGUCAGCACUGAGCAGAUGGCCAAAUUCCGCAGCCUGCUCUUCUCUGCUGAGGGCGAGACCGAGUGCUGCAUGAUGGACAACUACCGCCCUCCCCAGCCGCUCAAGGGUCGCUCUGUCCGUGCUUCCUUUAAGUAAUGCCCCUUCCCCCGCUUUUGCCCUUUCUGCCCUGUUGCCCUCUCCCUUCCCCCUCCCGUUAGUCAGAAUUACCUCUUUUGCAGUGAGCCACGAAGCACACAUAUCUCUCUCCAUCCAAUUUUUUAAAGAAAUCUAAUUCCUGUGGCCCGUUGCUUUAAACGCUGGCCAUUCUAACUGUGAUGUGAAGUACUUGAAGGAUUUGCAAGUUUCUCUGUAAGUUACAAGCCAGCACAGAUUCCCUGUCAUAAUUUAUUCUGAAAGACAAAACACUUCACAAUAGCUGCGACACGUUUACUAGGAUUCAGCAUCUGGUGCCAAUGUUUUCCGAGAUGUGUCACCGGAGUUCAUAGGUCUUAUUUUGUGUCAACAAAGACAAAGAAAAAAUUAAGAUAAGCUGCAGUCAAAAUGGUGCCAGCAGGAAGCGGAACGCAUAAGCUAGUCGCAGUGGGCAGCAAGGGGGGGGGGGGGAUGAGACUACAUCACCAUCUGUGAGGAGGUUAAGGUGCAGAUAAAAAAAGACACACACACACACACACACACACUGGACACAUACACUCCCGUUGCCAGUCUGUCUGUAAUCUCUGUCGACUGCCAGCCUCCGCAUCACAGCAGCUUAAUGAAACGCUGCAGCCGCCUCCAUCACAAACGAUUGACUCAGAAAAUCCCCCUCUGGCACACACACACACACACACACACACACACCAUGGCACGCUCAGCCUCGUGCAGACAUGAUGCCUAUAGGCGCUGACCUGCUUAUUGAUUUGAAUGCAGUGCAGAGCAGCAAAGGACACGAGGACGGGCUGCUACUACUGUGAGAUACCGAACAUCAUGGCUCACUGCUCUUAUUUUGCAGCCUAAUUUUUAAAUCGUUCAUGUGUUUGUCAUCCUGUAUUGUGUUUUUAUUAGUAUUGUGUCUUUUCUAACCUGACUGCUUAUGCAAAAUAAGUGAUUCCUAAAUUAUGUUUUGUAACCAAAAGCUCGGCUGCAUUUUGAUGCCGUGGUGAAAUAGCAAUAGAGAGGAAUGAUCCUCCUUUUCUAUAUGAAAUGUGUGUUGUUCUGAAACCCCAGCAAGUGCUAAAGCUUAAAACGCACAGUCGCCUUGAGGGCGAAGCCAUAGUGGCUGAUGCACAAAGCCAAGGAAUAAAUUACCCUGCCAAGGAAGACGGGAAGAAAAGAAGCUGCCAAUGGAUCUGAUUAUAAUGUCAGCCUGCUGAAGAACUAACAAAAGACCAUGAGAGGGACUGAAGACCUCUGGUGUUAGCCCUGUAUGUAUUUAUGAAACAAUAAAGAAAGAUUGUAUUCACAUAAAAAGGAAAAAAAAAUUACCUUAUGCCAAUCUUUAUUAGGGACGUCCUAUGAGUAGGUGUUGUCGUCAUUCUAUUUCUGAAGUGGACGUUUUACUCGUGAAAUAAAUAUAUUUUAUGACUAA